CAGUUAUUCUAUAUAUAUUCUAUUAUAUAUCUUCAUAGCUGAAACCAGUAGUUGGGAAAAAAAAGGUGUUGCAGAACUAGAGAGAAAGAGUGACUUAAUUCAUAAAUGUCCAUAACUACUAUUUCUCAAGCUAUGCUUAACCAAGGUGGUCUAUUUGAUGAAGAUGAUCAAGAUAUCCCUUCACAGAUGGGUUUCUUGGCCCCUAUGAUAUCAUCAACAAAUUUAAACGCUCUCAAAACUCUAAUAUCAGAUUCCCCAUCUGCACUUUCUUCAGAUGAUCAUCAUUUCCUUCUAUCUUCAAGACAAACACAACAAGACUUCUCUCAUCCUCUUGGAAAAUCCCAGAUAUACCCCUUGCAGAGAUCUUCAUCUGCAAAUAUCAACUGGGCAUGGGGAGAAAUGGAGGAAAGGAUGAUGAGGGGUGGAAAGAGAAAUAAUAUGAUUGUGAAUGGAGGAGAUUAUGAUCAUGAACAUGUUCAUCAUCUUGGGGUUGGAACAAUGAAAAUGAAGAAAGUUAUCAAGGUAAGAAGGAAGGUGAGAGAACCUAGGUUUUGUUUUAAGACAAUGAGUGAUGUAGAUGUUUUGGACGAUGGUUACAAAUGGCGCAAGUACGGUCAGAAAGUCGUCAAGAACACCCAACAUCCUAGGAGCUACUAUCGUUGCACACAAGAAAAUUGUAGGGUGAAGAAACGGGUGGAAAGGUUAGCGGAGGAUCCGAGAAUGGUCAUAACAACUUACGAAGGGCGACAUGUUCACUCUCCUUCACAUGAUGAAGAUGAGCAUUCACACUCACCUUCUAAUCAUCAUCAUCAACUUAGCAAUUUCUUCUGGUAGUAUCUUUCUUAUAUGCAUACAUAUAAAUAUAUAGGCAAAAUUAUGUAUGUAAUGUAGCUAGAGACAUAUUGAUGAGGAAAAUUGGUUUUAGAGCCAAGAUGAUUUUUAGUAUCUACUAUAUAUUCAGAACUUACUUUUCUCUAUAUAUUUCCAAAGAUGUUUGCAGAUGUUAAAAGCUAUAUUUCUUCUGA